GCGCGCUCCUCACCCACUGCUUUCCACUCAGUCGCUACUUGAUCGUGCGGCGUUCGCGAGCUGGUGGUUCUGUGUUACGUUUAUAAGGAUUGUUUGCACUCAUAAAUUUACUGGAUUACACGUGACGGGGAGAAGUGGUGUGGGCGAUUUUUAAAAGGAGUCUCAAUCAUUUCCAGAAGGUGUUCUUCCUGUGAUCUUUAUGUGACCCGACUGUAGAGCGGCGGUGGUGCGGCAUGUGACCGUGGAGGCGGGCUGUCACACGUGCGUCUAUGGGGGGGCUGGCACUCGGCCUUUUGAGGGCUGCUUGCGGCUUCUGCGCCUCUCACCUUGCUAUGGGCUGUACUCCUUCAACCCAUAAGAAACGAGGAUCACGUGACGAUCAGUCUACGCAUGCGCACCAACUCAUCAACAGCUCCGGCGGAAGUUUACGGGGAGUGCGAGGUAAACGUGGCAGUGAUGGCAUCAUCUAUCACAGGAGUUCCGGAGGAGACGCUGGUGACAGCAGCGGCGUGAGGCGUGUGUGGGAGUGGUGUGUGGCGGCGUCGCGGUGCUCGCUGAGGAGGCGCGCCGCUGACGCCGCCCUCGUCAGCACCGACGACCACGACGCCCAGAUCAAUGAGCUUAACGCUGACCAAACCAUUGAACAACAAUGCCAUCGACUUCAUCAGUUAAACAUUCCUGUUCCUCGCCCUCAGCCUAUAAGAGUGCUGCUGGUGUUCGCCAAGGAUGACUCUACCUGCAACACUCUGGCUAAUGCGGCGGAACACCUCGGCCUCCAGAGGGACAUCGCCUCCACACUGGACCAGGCUCUUGAGUUUUAUCAAGGACAGUCCUCAUGGCCUCAAAUUAUCUUCAUUGAUAUGCGAUUCUCCUGGUUCAAAGGCGACCAAAUAUGCAGGUCGCUACGCGCCGUCAAGAGGACCCAUCAUAUUAUUUUUGUAGGCGUUUGUAAAAAAAGUGCAGCGGAGAAAGAUGAAAAAGAACUACGAGCACUGCUGAAAAUCGGAAUAAACAGGGUUGUGGUGGAGCCGGUGUCUGUAGUACAGGCAGUCAGUGAGCUAGUACAGCUAGGCCAGGGCCAGGUGGCACUGCAUGCGCUGCUGGCACAGAACGAGGCGAUAUACCUGGCACUGGACAAGAGCAGAGAUCUGGUACUCGUCACGGACCACUCGCAUAUUAUUCAGUAUGUGAAUCGGACGUGGUGUCAGGUGUUUGGCUACAAAGUAGAAGAGCUGUUGGCGCACAGUCUGCCAUACUUCCAUCAGCUGGGGAACAUGGAUCAGGUGACCCGACAGUUGGAGAGGGGGUUUGACUGGGAAGGAAAGAUCAGCUGGAGAAGUAAAAGCGGUGAAAAUAUUACCCUCCAGUGUCGCGCCAUGCCGUAUCAGGCUGUUGGCAGAGAACCCACUCAUUAUGUUUACGUCCAAGACAACCCUCUUGAAAACCACAUAUAUCCAAGAGGAAGUGUACCCUCCAUUAGAAAAGGAUCCUAUGAUCUCAAAUCCAUUAACAGUGAAGGUGCUCAAUCGGCAAGGCGGCAAAGUUUGGCAAAGCUACACAACUUGCCAUUGGAGGCUCCGAUCACUCGAGUCAUAUCUCUUAUCUGUGCAGCACAAGAAAACUCCACAGGUCAAGUCGUCCAGAUCCUAGACAAGGUUGUGGACAUCCUUAGAACAACAGAACUCUACUCCUCACAUCUGAAAGCGGACAAUCUCAGGUGUGAGGACCCCGUAACUUCGGAUCUCAUUGGGGCUCUCAUUACACAAGGUCCAGUGCCUGUGUCAACCACAAGACGGAGCUCUAACGAUUCUGCGGCUGUAAAGGCAGCACAGGCACUUCCCCCUGGAGCCAAGGCGGUCUUUGCCAUGAAUGCCUCUCCUCAGAUCAAAGAGCUCCUGGAUUCAUCAUUACUCUGGGACUUCAACAUUUUCAGAUUAGAGGAUUUAACGGGAAAAAGGCCUCUAGUAUUCCUGGGGAUGAACCUGUUGCUGCACUUUGACGUUCACAAGACUCUAGGGUGUGACGAGAAGACACUGUACAACUGGUUGACGGUAAUCGAGCGACACUACCAUGUUACCAACACAUACCACAAUUCCACUCAUGCGGCAGACGUGCUGCAAUCCACCGCUUGCUUCCUCGAGCGUGAGAGGAUCAAGCGGCUCUUGGACGAGUUAGAUGAGGCUUGCUGUCUCAUUGCUGCUGCCUGCCAUGAUAUCGACCAUCCUGGGAAAUCAAGUGCAUUCCUUGCCAAUUCCAGCAAUGAGUUGGCAAUCCUUUACAAUGAUGUCAGUGUACUAGAAUCCCACCAUGCAGCUCUCACAUUCAAAUUGACAUUGAGGGAUGACCGAGUUAACAUAUUCAAAGGUCUGGAACGAGACACUUACAAAGUAGCGAGACAAAGUAUCAUAGACAUGAUUCUUGCUACUGAGAUGACAAAACAUUUUGAACAUUUAGCAAAGUUUGUCAGUGUUUUCAACAAACCCAACUCUACUUCCGAUGAUGGCAGUGGGGAUGCCAAGAGCCCAAGUGACUGUGGAGGAGAUUUUGCACUGACUUCUAGUGCUGAUGAGAUCAAUCUCGUCAGAAGGAUGAUGAUUAAAUGUGCUGAUGUGUCAAACCCGACUAGGCCUCUCAAAAUGUGUGUUGAAUGGGCCAGGCGAAUUGCAGAGGAGUACUUCUCUCAGACGGAUGAGGAAAAAGCUAACCAUUUGCCUGUAGUGAUGCCGAUGUUUGACAGAACCACAUGUUCCAUACCCAAGUCCCAGAUGGGAUUCGUUGAUUUUAUCAUAAAUGACAUGUUUGAAGCAUGGGAUGCCUUCAUCGACAUGCCAGAGAUGUUGUACCACCUGAGAAGCAACUACCAGUACUGGAAGGACCUGGAAGAGAAGGGCGUCACAAGCCUAGGGGACGUUACCCUCAAACAGUCCAGCAGUUCCAGCCCCAACCCUAACCUCCCUAAUAUACCUGAAAAAUCUUUCUAAUGCCUAUUUUAUGACAAAUGUAUUAAUAGACUAACUUUUUUAAAUAAACCAUGUACUUAAAUAUAAACUAUGCUAUUUUUGUCAUGUCGUCAAUUUUAAUAUAUUGUGUUCGUAAUAAGAUAAAUAAAGAAGUGUGUACAAAAAGGUU